UCUAGUCAAAUUUCGUUCUCUUAAAAUGCUAGUAAAAAUAGGAAAUCCUGAUUUGAGCAAUAUUGAUGUUGAUGCCGCUACUCAAUUAGGAAUUGCUGUUUGUAACACCCCUGCCGAUGCCUUAGAAGAAACUGCCGAUCACACAAUGUCCCUUAUACUUAAUCUCUAUCGACGAACUUAUUGGCUAGCUCAGGGAUCGACUGAUAAAACAAAGCCAACAAAUCUCAAAAAUCCGCAAGAAUUAAGGGAAGGGAUGAGUGGGACACGCCGAAUACGUGGUCAAACACUUGGGAUUGUUGGCUUUGGAAGGGUUGGUUGUGCAGUCGCCCUGCGUGCUAAAACCUUUGGUUUCCGAGUUUGUUUUUAUGAUCCAAACGCUAGUUUAGGUAUGGAUAGAGUGUUUGGUGUUGAUCGUACCGAAAAUCUCACAGACAUGCUCACCCAGUCAGAUUGUCUUACACUCCAUUGUAAACUUACACCAGAAACAAGGCUUAUGUUAAAUAAUAGCACCUUGGAUCGCCUAAAAUUUGGUGCUUUUCUCAUUAACACUAGCGACCCUGAUUUAAUUGACCAACAAGCAUUAAUAGCUUUCCUGAAAUCUGGGCAUGUUAAAGCUGCUGCAUUAGAUAUUCCUUGUUGUGGGGAUAGCCAACAAACUGAAUCUACUGGAAAAAUUGAAGGUAGUUUGUUUCUGGUUUUGUUUAGAAAUUAA